UGAAAGCAGGGUAUGGAAUUGGUUUAUAUAUAUACACAUACACUUGUAUAAAUUAAGCAGAAACAUUGAAAUAGUUGUGGUUGCUGAACCUAUCUAUCUAUAUCUAUAAUAAAAAUGGAAGAAGAAGAAUUAAAUCUCAAUAACAACAACAACAACAAAAUCCCAAUCACUCAACUUAUUCAAGUUCUGGAAGCACUUAAACAAGCUUCUCAAAACAUCCAAAAUCACCAUAAUCACUUCUCAGAUUCCAAUUCAUCUUCCAUAAAAGCACUUUUCCAACUCCACACAAUUCUUCCAACUAAUUCAAACAUCUCUCACCACCUCACCCACCUCAAAUCCCUAGUCAACUCGCUCCAAAGCUCAAAACCGAGUCUCAAAUCGUUCAUAACUCGUCCCCUCUCAUCUCACUCCAUCACCAAAACCUCCGCCGCAAUCGAAUCCGAACUUCAAUCAUGGAUCGACCGUGAAACUGUCACCACCCUCUCCUGUCUCGUCUCCGGCAACAACAAUGAAAACGAAGACGAGUUGCUUCAACUUUUAACUCGGUUCUCUGACAGAGUCUCACAAGGCUUCAACCGCGAGUUACAACAACUCGUUCUCAAUCUCAAACUAUUUUGUUCGCUAGAGUCGCUUCUCUUUGAUCCUAAAUGUUCUCACCGAAUUCGCGAACAUGCCGGUUUUGCAAUUUCAGCGUUGAUUCGUUUCAACAAAGAUGUAUUCGUAGGUGAGGUUUUGAUGAAUCCUACAGUUGAAGCUUUGAUUGAUAUCGGUUCUGUUCGUUCAAUUGAAGUUCUAUGUUCUUUGAUUAGAUUAAUUAGAUCACCGAUCGUAGAUGAAAUUGAAUCAAACGGAGAAAUAACGAAAAUCAUAGCGUUGUUGAAUUCAGAUAAUAUGAAGUUGAGUUUACUAGCAAUGGAGUGCGUUCUUGAAAUUGGAUAUUUUGGAAGGAAGGAAGCGGUUGAAGGUAUGUUGAAGGAAGGUGUGGUUGAGAAAUUUGUUGAGUUGCAAAGAUUGGAGAGUGAAUUUGCGAGCUGUGUAGCGAGAUUUGCAGUGCAAUUGGAGGUUGGAGAAGGGCUGAGACAAAGAGAGAAAAGGAGUUUUAAGGGUGAAAUAUUAGUUAGGGUUAGAGAAGCUUGUGUUUCUGAUGCUGAAGCUGCUACCAUUGUUGCUGAAGUUUUGUGGUGUGUGAAUUAGUAUGUUAUUAUUUAUUAUUAGUUCUUAAUUUUGUAGUUCAACU